GCCGCCGCCGGACGCGCAGACCUGGGCAGGCUGCACCGACGGCCGCCUGGCCCAGCGCACUGCAGGUCGCUGCGCGCGCUGCGACCCCGGGGCCCGGACGCGAGUGGCUGCGGUGUCCUGGGCGAGCACUGCUAGUUUAGGCCGUCUGUCCUCAGCUGCUUGGAACCCCUACAUCCCACCAUGGCUGGGCUACAGAAGAGGAAGUUUGACCAGCUGGAAGAGGACGACUGCAGCUCCUCCUCCUUGUCCUCUGGCGAUCUCUCUCUCUCUCCUCCCAGCUCUUCUGCCUCCCCUGCCUGGACCUCUGAGGAGGAGGGACUGGGUGAUCAGGCACCCCAGCCUGAUCAGGACUCCUGUGGCAUCCAGAGUUUAAUGCCCCCGUCCAUCCUGAAGCGGGCUCCUCGGGAGCGUCCGGGUCACGUGGCCUUCGAUGGCAUCACUGUCUACUAUUUCCCGCGGUGCCAGGGAUUCACCAGUGUGCCCAGCCAUGGUGGCUGUACCCUGGGCAUGGCUUCUCGUCAUAGCACCUGCCGCCUCUUCUCCUUAGCCGAGUUUAAACAGGAGCAGUUCCGGGCUCGGCGUGAGAAGCUCCGUCGGCGUUUAAAGGAGGAGAAACUGGAGAUGCUGAAAUGGAAGCUUUCAAUGUCCGGAGUUCCCGAGGCAGGGGCAGACGUGCCGCUCACAGUGGACGCCAUCGAUGACGCUUCUGUAGAGGAGGACUUGGCAGUGGCCGUGGCAGGUGGCCGCCUGGAGGAAGCGAAUUUCCUACAGCCCUAUCCACCUCGGCAGCGACGGGCCCUACUUCGCGCUUCCGGUGUUCGAAGGAUUGACCGAGAGGAGAAGCGCGAGCUGCAGGCGCUACGCCAAUCCCGGGAGGAUUGUGGUUGUCACUGUGAUGGCGUCUGUGACCCUGAAACCUGCAGUUGCAUCCUGGCCGGCAUUAAAUGCCAGAUGGAUCACACGUCCUUCCCCUGUGGCUGCUGCAGCGAGGGCUGUGAGAACCCCCAUGGUCGAGUGGAAUUCAAUCAGGCAAGAGUUCAGACACACUUCAUCCACACGCUCACUCGCCUGCAGAUGGAGCAGGGUGCGGAGAGUUUGGGGGAUCCGGAGUCCCCCAUGGAGGACGUUCCUGUUGAACAAACCGUGGUUUCCCCCUUUCCUCCUUCCAAACCCACUGUGAGCAAUGACCUGGGGGACAGCAGCUGUGGCAGUGACAUGACAGACUCUUCCACGACCUACUCCUCUGGCGGCAGUGGCAGCCGCAGCGAGGCUCCGAACCAUCUUGUCCACCCCAGCCUGCCAGGUUCCAGCUUCCGGUCUGGCAUAGAUGAAGACAGCCUGGAACAGAUCCUGAAUUUCAGUGACUCUGACCUCGGUAUUGAGGAAGAAGAGGAGGAGGGAGGGAGUGUGGGCAACUUGGAUAACCUCAGCUGUUUUCAUUUGGCUGACAUCUUUGGUACGGGUGACCCCGGCAGCCUGGCUAGCUGGACACACAGCCAGUUUGGCUCUAGCCUUCCGUCGGGCAUCCUAGAUGAGAAUGCCAACCUGGACGCCAGCUGCUUCCUAAGCAGCGGACUUGAAGGGUUGAGAGAAGGUAGCCUCCCCAGCAGUUCUGGGUCCCCUGAGGGGGAAGCCGUCCAGAGCAGCUCCUUGGACCUCAGUUUAUCCUCCUGUGACUCCUUUGAGCUUCUCCAGUCUUUGCCAGAUUAUAGUCUGGGGCCUCAUUAUACUUCCCGAAGGGUAUCUGGCAGCCUGGAUAGCCUUGAGACCUUCCACCCUUCGCCCAGCUUCUCUCCACCGAGGGAUGCCAGCUUCCUGGAUUCUCUCAUAGGCCUGUCUGAGCCGGUUACAGAUGUCCUGGCGCCCCUUCUGGAGAGCCAGUUUGAGGACACUGCUGUGGUGCCUUUGGACCCUGUGCCCGUGUAAGGAUUGAGAUGACUUUUUCCUGCCCUGAGACCCUGUUGCUGCUUUUUAUGUGAUCUUGGUGUCCCCCAAGGUCUGUGUAUGUAACGGUCUCCCGUGGGCUGGUUCUGCCCCCCCCCCCAUGCCAUGUGGGCAAUCCUCUAUUUUUACAGUAACACUCUGGAUUUAUUUA